UAUAAGCAGGCAUGGUUAUUAACCUUGGAAUUCAUCCGAACUCAACUGAGAGCCCCGACAGAUGACUUGUGAGUAGGGCUUGCAAACUCUCUGCACCAAGAAGGGUUACACCAAAAUUGAAGCUGUUUAGCUCGAAGAAUGGAGCUAUAAUUCUGCUUUUAGCUCUUUUGUGAACCAGUAUUCUCUUAAAUUUUGGGACUGCUAUGAGAGUCAGACAAACUGAAAAUCAUACAAACCAGGUGCUUGUCCAAGGAUUUCCUCUUGAAAACAAUUCAGAAAUCACUAAUCAAGCUUCAGUCUCGAACCAAGGUCAUGUAGUGACUGCUCAGACAGUCCCAGCUCAGUCUCGAAUGCAGCAAGACCCUUCAGAGAUCUUACUUGAAGAGGAGACUCCUGACAAUGGCAACUUCAGAGUUCAUAUUGAAGAGGGAAGAAGCGAUUAAUAUUCCUUGUGUGAUGAAGCU